AUGCAUCUCCGGCACAACCUCUCUAUCCUCCUCUUCCUCCUUCCAGCGGCCCUAGGAUACGACAAUCUGUUCUCCGAUGGACAGCUUGGCUUUCUUCUAGGAAGCUCCUUUGGCCUUCCUGGCGCGAAUGCGACCUUCGACUACGUUGUAGUUGGGGGUGGCACAGGUGGAUUGGCAAUAGCCACACGAUUGGCGGAAGAUUCUAGCGUCAGCGUCGCUGUAAUUGAGGCUGGAGGCUUCUACGAGAUAGACAAUGGAAACCUCAGCGUUACGCCUGGAUAUGCCAAUUUUUAUACUGGAGCUGCCCCGACAAAUUAUCAGCCAUUGGUCGAUUGGGGUUUUCAUACAGUACCACAAGCGGGAGCAGCCAAUCGCAACAUCCAUUAUGCGCGUGGAAAGACUCUAGGUGGUUCUUCUGCUCGAAACUACUUGCUUUACCACAGGUCAGUCAAUACCAAUGGUAUUCAUGGACCUUGCCAGGCAUCUCUGACAUUGAACAAUCAGACCUACCGUCGGUUCACUGCAAAAAUGGGCCGAUGA